AUGGAUAUACCGGAGGUCGAUAAUGAUGUCAUUGGGUACAUCCAUGAAACAGGACUCGCACAGAUUUUGGGCACAAUCCCGGGCAUGUAUAUGGUUGACAUAUUCACUUGGAUGGAAUUCUUGCCAAUCUGGCUCAAGCCAUGGGAGAAAGAAGCAAAGAAAAGGUUCCAGAGGGAUAUGAGAUGGUGUCUUGAACGUUUGCAGAGUCAGAUAUCGACGUGGUCGUUUUUAGAAGCCAUGCUACAGAACCCCGAAGCACAAAGAAAAUGUCGAAUUGAAAUUGAUAAUAUAGUCGGUGACCGGUUACCUGAGUUCGCAGACCUGGAUCGGAUUCCAUACGUAAAAUGCAUCAUGAAAGAGGUUUGGCGUUGGAGACCCCCUGUCGCUCUCGGCCAUCCUCAUGUGACAACUCGUGACAUCAUUUAUAAUGGUUAUCGGAUUCCCAAAGGAUCACGCAUUCACUUGAAUUCCUGGGCCAUCGGUCAUGAUCCCCGGCGGCAUGAUGACCCUGAGAGGUUUUGGCCAGAACGUUACAUCGGCGAUGAAACAACGGGAAAGGCUAUGCAAAGUAUCAAUUCAGCAGAUGUCUCUAAGAGAGAUCAUUUUGCAUUUGGUGCUGGACGCCGUAUUUGUCCCGGAUACAAUGUUGCAGAGAGAUCAUUUGCAGUUGCUAUUAUGCGCAUUCUCUGGGCAUUUGAAGUUCAGCCAGCCCCGGGAACCCAAGUACCUCUCGACCCGCUUUCCUAUAUGAAAAACGCAGAAAUGCCGGGCAACGCAUCCAUAAAUUUACCUGUUACUCUGGAAGUCAGAAGUGAGGAAAGAAAGAAGCUCAUCAAUGAUAUAUUCGACAAGAUGGAUCGAGAAAGGACCAAGAUGGUUAGUACAUAA